CUUUUGUACCUUUAUUUCUGAGAGUGUGCCAAGUGAUUGACAGGCCAUUGACCAAUGAGAGCAGGCUUGAGGCGUGUUGACAUGAGUAGUCCCGCCCACCAUGAAGAAAUGCAGCAUGAUCAGGCAGAGGAAGAUCAGGACUGUGCGGGUAUGAAGAGCACAAGGGGACAUUCCUGAAAAUAAACUGCCGAAAACACAUAUCUGAUUGAGAAUGGCAAUGCUUAACAGUACUGGAAUACUGGAGACUGGAACUAAUGAUAGUCAAGUCUACCGUUGUACUUUAAAAGAACAAUUCAAGUACAUUCUCCUGCCGGUGAGUUACACUUUGGUGUUUGUGUUCGGUCUGGGGUUGAACAUCACGGCCAUGUACAUCAUCCUGUUUCGCACCAAACACUGGAAGCCCAGCACCAUCUACAUGAUCAACCUCAACGUCUGUGACACGCUUUACAUCCUCACCCUGCCGUUCCUCAUCUACUAUUACGCUGAUAAGAACGACUGGCCGUUCGGUGAGCUGAUGUGUAAGCUGAUUCGCUUUCUCUUCUACACAAACCUCUAUGGAAGCAUCCUCUUCCUCAGCUGCAUCAGUCUGCACCGGUUUCUAGGCAUCUGCCACCCGAUGCGCUCUUUGUACUGGAUGAACCGCCGGCGUGCUCGUAUGAUUUCUGUGGGAAUAUGGCUGAUCAUUCUCAUCUUACAGGCACCACUUCUUUAUUUCUCCCGGGUGAGACAUAAUAAUAAUAAUCUGGUCUGUCAUGACACCACCAUCAAGGAGCUCUUCAAUGACUUUCUGGUCUACAGCACGGUGGUGAUGUUUCUGCUUUUUGUCCUACCGUUUGGGGUGGUGCUGGUCUGCAGUGGCCUGAUGGUGAAGAAACUUCUUGAUCCCGGAGAUCUCAGAGAACCAAUGUCACAGUGCUCCAAACAGAAGUCGGUGAAGAUGAUUGUUAUUGUGCUCUUGGCUUUCAUGGUGUGCUUCUUGCCUUUCCAUGUGAACCGCAGUAUAUACUACACAUUACGUUACCUUGACAAACACGACUGCAGCAUAAUACGUCUCUCCAAUAAUAUCUACAAGGUCACGCGACCUCUGGCCAGUCUCAACAGCUGCAUUGACCCCAUCCUCUACUUCAUGGCAGGACAGAGCUUCAGAAACAGCUUCAACAAGAAAUCAAGAAUAAAGACUCACAAAUAACAUUCAUUAUUAUAGUAAAAAAUCUGGAUUUUUACAAAUAUCUGUAUUUCAUAGAAUGACCCGGGAAGAUCCUGGCCAGGAUUUCUAAACUGGCUAAAAUGUGUUCCAUUUGUGUUGCAUUGCUUUGACCGUUUUCUGUAGAUCCCAUCUUCUUAGAUGCCACGAUCGGUCGAUUAUGCAUAAUGCCUGAAGGCCAUUGGUCAAACUACUGUAUGUCAUUACUUCUUUAACAAGUAUGAAAACAAUGCCAGAACCAGACAUUUAAGGCAGUUGAGAAAUCCUGGCCAUGAAAAAAAAAAGAGAGAACUUUUCACCAUGCAUUUAAUCAUUUCACACACGUAGCUAAUUCAGAAGCAAGUUUGAAUUAGCAACAGAUAUCCAAUCACGUGCCUCACCUGUCAAACAGUGACAGAGAGCAUUUACUCCUCCCUUAUAGCUGCCUUCACUCAUGUCGUAAUGAACGUAAUUCUGAAAUUGACAAUAUGUGGCAUUCUUUCUUCUCUGAGCUCUUCAAAGCAGGGUUGCCAAGUCCUCUGUGGGUUUUUGGGCCGGUUUUGUUGCGAUGACCUAGCAGCCCUGUUUACAAUUCAUACAAUUCAAUUCUCUGAAUUAUGCAUUUAUCCAUUUAGAUUUUGCAUGCUCAAAGUAUACUGUGACGCUGCAUAAUUAACUAUUUAAAGUGUGAAAAGCCAUAUUGUUUAUAUUACUGUAACAAUUUCCUGGUAAUCAUCAGGUUAUUGCAUAUAAUCCGUCCAAUAGCAUGUGAGAUCAGAAUAGUGUGUUAGUAUACUGAAAAGGCCAUAUAUUAUACAGUGUUUUCUGUGGAUUUUUAAAGUGUAAAUUGUAAUGUUUUUAUUUUAUAUCACUUUUAUCUAUUCCUAAUGCUCAAAAAUGCAAAAGCCCAUUUUACACCACUCUUCAAAGAAGUUUGGGUCAGUAAUUUUUUUUUCUUAAAGAACUGAAUACUUUAAAAAAAAAAAAAAGUCACCAAAGAAGAAGAACCAAAAAGGGGGUUUCGUAACGAUGGCAUAGAGGAACUGUCACAAGGUAAGCUUGUUGACAGACAAGAGACUACCUGGACUUGAUACACAUGCACACAUCAUUAUUUGAUUAUGCCAGAAUUUACCAUUUUAUAAAUCAUCAUGGUGUUGUCUGUAAAUGUUGUGCCCAUUUCAAAUGAGUAUGAUGUUGUUGUUGUUGUUGUUUUUGUUAGCCAACAUUUUGUUCAGUUGUUCUUUUUAAAGAAUGUCACAAUACGGUUUAAUUUUACAGUUUAAUCUAGUUUUGUCUGGGGGAAGGGGGGAUUUAUUAUUUCUGUGUAUGUGUAAUGUUUUAUUAUUUUAUUUUCUCCUGUGUAUAAUGUAUGGACCCUGUUUGUUGAUUUGGUAGCCUCAGCCUCAACCAUUCAUCAAAAGGACUGUGAAAGCGGGAAUUCUUUGAACCACCAGAGGCAGUUUCAACAGGAUGAAAAAGAGCAUACCAGUGGAUGAUGGGGGCACUGACAUUAACCUGCUGUAUUCACUCUAUUACACAUUUUUUAUUUCAAGUACUGGUGGUUUUGAUUUUGUCUGGAUGACAUGCUGUCCUAACACAAACUAGUCAGAGCUCAGGUACCACUCAAUAUGCUGCCAUAAUCAAUCAGAAAAUAAGAAAUAUGAGUGUCCAUUUUUCAAAAUUGAGAUUUAUAUAUGAUACGAAGGCUGAAUAAAUAAGCUUACCAUUGAUGUAUAGUUUGUUAGGAUCUAAAAAUUAGGCCGAGAUACAGCUAUUUGAAAAUCUGGAAUGCGAGGGUGCAAAAAAAUUAUAUAUUGAGAAAAUCAUCUUCUUAGUUCUCCAAAUGAAGUUCUUAGCUA